AAGUUUCCUCCAUACCAAACACUGUAGAGAGGGGGGGGAAAGCAAAAAGCCUGUCUUGGAAAAAGCUCAGUGUUCGUCUGUCUGCUCGGAGUCCGUGUGGAAUCUAAAACACCAACUUAUGGUGAAAUUAUGGCAAAUAAUGAAACACAUCCCUUGUUGCAGAUACUAAAAUCAUUUAAUCAAGGCGAUAUGAUCUUAGCCUUCUGUUUAUCUGUGCUUGUGGGCCUGCUGUUGGGUGCUCUGGUCUACGUUCUGCUGACCUGGGCCUCCCGGCGCAAGGCCACCGCCAUGAUCACCAGGCGCUCCAAAAAAAAGAGAUCUGGCACUUCACAAACAGCCAAUAGCAACCAGCUGGGCCUUUACAGGAGCACUUUUCUGAACGUCUACAGACAGCCCUCUCUGGAGCCAGUGGGCCCUCUGGGGAGUAAGCCCGGCGUGGAGUCCUCCACCUUUCGCCCAGUGGCCAAGAGAAGCAGGGCCGGCCUGGAGAUGGGAGAGGACACUCUGAUGCCUGAUGCUGAUGACACAGCGGCUUCGUCGGAUUCAGCAUCCCUUGUGCCAAACAAGAGACACUCCUUUUGGUUGGGCAACAACGGACUUAAAGGAUUCUUGCCCUCACAGACUCCCCCUCCUGCAUACGACAGUGUCAUCCACGCCUUUGAGGAGACCUGCACUUGAAUCUGUCUGCAUAAAUACAAGAGAAACUGAAAAAGGAGAACUUUCUGGGAUUACACAGGACUUUCUGACUGUACUCUGCUCUUCAGACCAUUUCUGACACUUUUCAGUCUAAAACAAUAAGAUGCUUCUACAACCGUCACGUCUCAGUAUAUUAUAUUAUGCAACUAACGAUGAUUUCCAUAGUCAAUUAGUUUGUGUGUUAUGUUCCUGGAAACUGGAACUCAAUGGUGGGCCACGGGCCAAAAGACUACACCUAUUUGUAUUGUUUAGAUGCGAUCCCAAGUUACCUUAAUUGAAUAUCCUUUUAGCUUUUACAUAGUUAACCCCUUAAAACCCACCUGCUGAUUGCAAUUGGGCUCAUUUCCAGUUAUAUCCAAUUCAUGCAAUUCUAAGAAUAUUUAGGAACCUCAGUACGCAGAAAUAUUCAAAUUCACCAUUUUUAGUAUAGGCGAAAAUAACACAUUUUUACUACAUUCAAAAAACUGCAUGGUUUUUGCUCCAAACGGCUUGUGAUUAUCAUGAAGUGGGUAUGUCUGUAAAG